AUGCUGUUGGGAAAUGGAGCCGAUCCCGACCAGAUAGACGUGUGGGGAGCCACCCCUCUCGGUGUAGUGAAUGCGGUGGCGAGAAAUUACAUCGAACGGGCAGAAGACGUUCGCCUCUUCCUUGACCUGUAUAGACUCUUUAUUCGUGACUUUGACGAGCUAUUCGAAGACCUCGAUAGAAGAUGGCCAGCUACAUCUGGCUUUCAAGGUCCCGCCGAAGCUCUCUCCUUAAUACAAGGGUAUUCUUUCAAGAAUUAUUCCGAUUUGCCUCUUGAAAUUCGAUUCAAGCGAGCAAUGGCUCUUGAUAAUUGGUGGGUGCGUGGUCCAUGCCCAAUUACUCUACGAAUUGCGAUGGGUGGUGAUCGUUUUGAUCCUUCUGCGUACCUUCUUGAAGAUGAUAAUGGAGAGACUCUCCUAUUCCGGAUUGUGCAGUGUAUGGCCGUUGAGUUCUCCGCAAGAAAGAACAGCAAUAUACAGCAGUGGCGUCAGCUUCUUUGUGAUGCAAUUGCAGCCUCUGCCGAUCUCUGCCAUGUGUCAUCCAGUUAUGGUGGGAAGAAUACGCCUUUGAUAGAAUUUCUACACUAUUUCACGAAAGAUUGGGCGGAAAUUAAGCGAGCUGGAUAUAAUUUUGAUCCCAUUAUCCAGCUAUGGGCAUCAGAACUGCAGUUUGCAGGUGUCGAUCUAGCAAAUUACGGGGCAAAGGAGAAAGCACUAUACACAUUCGGUGUUGUUAAUCCCGAUGUCUACAUAUACGUUGGCCUUGAAAAGUCCGGCCCGGGACAUGAUCCUGAAACAGGUGAAUUUCUCCGGUUUCAUUUUCUGUCACUGGAGUAUGGCCCAAGGCCCGAAGACUGGAAGUUAUGGGCGUCUAAUCCGGUUGAUGAAAUGGUAUGGGAAUUCUGGGAAAUGAUAGAGAGGGGAGAGCAAGUUAUGCCUGGUACAUGGAUAGACUAG